GAGGGAGUGAGGGAGCCUGACAGCCAGGGAGUGAGGGAGCCUGUGAUAAAGGGGAGAGAUUAAAUGAGUGAAUACAUUACACAAAGUUAGGGGUGAGAGAGAGAGAGUCUGUGUGAGAGAGACGGGGUGGGGGGUGAGUGAGGAGCAAUGGUCUUGAAUGAAAGUUACUACCUUAGGUGAGUGAGAAAGUGAGGAUGACUACCCUAACCAAGUAAGAGUGAGAGAAACCUUCACUCUGUGAGGAACAGCAACAGCCUAACCAAGUGAGUGAAGAUUACUACCUUAACCAAGUGAGAGAUUUGAGGAUUACCAUUUUAACUGAGUGAGUGAGGAUUACAAUCUUACCCAAGGGAACUGAGAACCUAACAGAGUGAGUGAAGAUAAGUCCUCUGGCCAGGGAGUGAGAGUGAACAGUAAUACCCUAAGAGGGAGAGAAAGCUAUACCAGGAUACCUGAGAACAGGUGUGAGAAAUGUCACCAAGUCAGACAGAGUUUACCAAAAACAAGUGAAGGAAGACCAAAGGCAUCAGACAUCAGGAUUGAAGACCCAGCUCCUUGAAGUGCCAGAGAGGAUGCUACCGAGCAUAGUGAAGAGAUGGCUCUGCAAACCUAAAAGAUCCAGUCCCCAUCCUUUGGCACAAUUCUACUUUGCUGAUAAAGAAGUCACUCAAGUACUGACUGAGCUGAACAAUGCGGACCUGCAAAACAACCCCCAGCAGUACAUAGUACACUUAAACCAUCUUCGAACCAGACAGCAACACAUGCUGCAGAUUAUUAACCAAAUCAUGGAUGAAAGGAUUCCUAAUGAGCGCCCAAAUCGAGAUUUCCACAUCAAGUUUCCAGAUGAGUUUUUACAGGACCACCUGGAAGUGCAGCUAUGGUUCGCUGCCGAGUGUUUAGUUGCUGGUUCCCUCAUUGAAAUGCAAGAAGCUGAAGCUCUUCUCCUGCGUCCACUGGCGGAGGAGAUGCUGCACAGCCUGGAGGAGGUGCGGCGAAGUCUUCGGGACCAGUGUCUGUCUGACGCCAGUGUGUAUCCCGAUCUCCUGAAAGAAGCUCUUGUUCGGUUCGAUUGUUCCUUCGCUGAGUUUGAACUAAGUUACGUGUCUGCUGUGGUGCCAAUAAAAUCUCCUGAGGAGCUCUUCCAGCAACAACAGAUUAUUGUGCUCUUCUGCGAAACAAUAGAGAGGGCCUUGAAGCUGGGCUACUUGUCUCAGGAGAUGAUUGAUAGCCUGGAGCCUGUGCUGAUGUUUACCAUCCCCCGGCUCGCUAUCAUCUGUGGACUGUUGAUUUAUCCAGAGGGACCUCUCAGCCUGCACCAACAGAAUGAUGAUAUGUCCAAACUCUUUAGCCCUUUCUAUUCCAUCCUUCAGAAAAUAAGGGACAUACUUUAUGUCCUCACCGAUGAGGAACUUUUUGUAUUGGAGAAGAGUCUGUGUGCUGCAGAGCCUGUGGAUUUCUUCAAUACACAGACAAUGUUGCCCAGUCUUUCAUCCCUUCAGAACGGCUCACUGAAUACUCGAGCCAUUGAUGGUGAGGUUUUGUCUGUCCAGUAUGCUCGUCCACAUGAUCCCCUGAAGCUAAUCAUCCACCAAGAUGGGUUGUCUUGUGCCUCCAACCUACCAAACCAAACACGUACUGAAACGACUGAUUCAUCAGACACUGCUAGCUUGAGACCCAAGAGAAGAAAUGAAGAAGAAAUGGAAAUACGAGGGCAAAUGUUUCAUCUGAGCACUGCUACUGGACGGGAUGCUGAUGAGAGUGAACUUAGUCGUGAAAGGUUCUUCAGUGAUACUCCUGAAAUGUUAUCUUUUGCCAGCACUGAUGACGUGAAUUAUUCAAAGGACAAUAGUAUGAGAGAUGAUGACUUUCAUUUGAAAGCUGAUGAUUCAGAACUUAAUGAUGAACUUGGCACAAAAGGGACAUUUGCAUCAAAUUCUUGUACGUUUCAAUCUGAGACCCUGGAUACGAGCAACUUCCCAACAAUAUAUGAACAGACUCCCACUCCCCGUUCACCAUGUUACACUUCUUAUGCUGAGGAGAUUUUAAACCGGGCAUCUGGACUUGCAUUGUUUCCUGGGGGAAAUGUGAAUAGACAGCGCAUGGACCACCCUGAUUUGCGCAUUGGGAUGAAAAGUAAUGGGAAUGAAAUGAAUAAAGGUGCCACUUGUGAAGGAGGGAUCACAAACCUAUCCCAGUCACCUGGUGAUCUGCACAGCAGAAAGUCUGACAUUGAAACCGUACCUCUGGCCACAGCUCACGAAGAAGCACUGAGAUGCAAGGUCCGGGCAAUCAAAGCCACAGCGCGGGAGAACGUCCGAUCUCGAUAUCACAGUAGCAGUGACAUGAUUCACCGCCUAUUUGUCUGUAUUUCAGGUGUAGCAGACCAGCUUCAGACCAACUUUGCUGGAGACUUGCGGCGGAUUUUAAAGGCAGUAUUUCAGAUCGCAACAUCCAGACCAGAAAUGGAGGUUGACUGGAACAGAAAGCAGAAGAGGAGAGGAGGGAUGAGGAUCCCUCGUUGGAGGAUUGCGUGCUUUGCCAACAAUCUCGUUCCCAUUCAUCCAGAGCGUCCACCUCAAACAACAAUAAACUAGAAGUGCCUCCGGAAUGGAUUACUGACUCUGCGUGCAGUCAGUGCAUGUCCUGUAAAGC